AUGCAGCAAUACACUCACGCUUACUAUGUCACAAACGCUACGUCGCACAACAUAAAUCAUAAACGUGUACGUUACACACACGUCGCGGGCACGUGCGUCACCCACACGUACGUCAAAUACAUGUACGCUGCGCGCAUGUGUAUUACAUAUGCGUCACGAAAACGUAUAUCACAGAAG